AUGCCUACUGCGUUCCUUGGUUGUUGCACCACCACUCAAGCAUUUGAAAUCAGCAUCGACCUCUUCUCGCAAUCCUGCCUCAAUGAUAUGUCUGAGGCCGAGAUUAUUGCUAUACACCCACGCCAAUGGACACCCACAUCAAUGGACCACCACCACAUCAAUGGAUGGCGACCACAGCAAUGGAUGCCCACCCCCUUCCCCCAUUUCAUUGUCCCUGUCCCCUUCCUUUUCCCUGCCCCCUUCCCUGUCCCUCCCCAUUUCUUUGUCCUUACCCCCUUAUCCAUCCCCUCUUCCUUGUCCUCUUUGAUAUGCACUAUACUCUGA